AUGAAAAUGUAUGUGAGAAGCUGGAAGACUGCAGUAGUUUCAUCUAGUCCACUGAUCCUCUUAGGAUUUUUCCGUCUUGUUACAACAACUGGUGUGGAUUAUCAGGUACAUGUCGGUGAAUAUGGUGUGCAUUGGAAUUUCUUCUUCACACUUGCUGCUGUGUCAAUCCUUUCUUCCUUUAUUAACAUUGCUCCUCAAUAUUGUGGAGUUAUUGGUUCACUUCUACUAGUAGGAUACCAGUUCUGCUUGGUGCAAGGUUUAAACCAUUACUUACUUUCUGAUGAAAGAGGAGUGGAUAUUUUAAGUCAAAACAAGGAGGGGAUUUUUAGCAUAUUUGGAUACUGGGGUAUGUACCUUUUGGGCGUUUAUUUAGGAAACUUUCUUAUCUUUGGAAGUCAUUCCUCUGGAUUUAGAAGUAGCAGAUGGGUACGGAUUAGGGUUUGGGCUCUCUCCAUUCUGUUCUGGUUAUUAACUGUACUACUGGACAGGCAUGUGGAAAGAGUUUCACGGAGAACAUGCAACCUUGCAUAUGUUACUAUGAUAUUGGCUGACAAUCUACAGUUGUUAUCAGUUCUAAUGCUGGCUGAUCUUGUUCCUGGAACGAAAACUUCAGUACUUGAAGAAGCAUUCAGUCGGAACUUACUGGCUACAUUUCUACUGGCAAAUAUUCUCACGGGGUUGGUAAACUUGUCAGUCGAUACCCUGUCUGCGUCAUCAAUCAAGGCCCUUGUUAUCUUGUUGGUCUAUGCUUAUAUUUUGUCAAUUGUAAUUGGUAUAUUAGAUUAUUUUGGUAUUAAACUAAAAUUUUGGUGAAGCAGUCUAUUGCUACGCUGUACUCUGUUCUAUUAUUGUUACCAUCUAUUUUCAAAUAAGAAUUCUUUCUUUUAACCAUCUAUUGAUUUUUUUAUAAAAAUCACAUGGCAGUUGUGGUUUAUUUGUAAAGUGAUACAUUAUGAAAAU